AUGAUGGAGAGAUGAUAAAAAAGGAGCGGGGAGGGGUGAGGGGAAGGAGAUGAGGAAACACUUGCAAUGUGUAAGAAUAUAAAUGCUGGCGCAUGUAGCAUCCGUCAGACAAACAAGUAGCCUACCAACUUCAGCAUCACUCAAGAGUCACUGGACACAGCACCGACAAAACAAUUACCUGGGACAUGACUUCUACACACUGUAAGUCUGACGUCACACUAUUCUACCGUUCUACCUGGUCAAAUAAACUGGGUUGUGUUUUGUAUUUUAUCACUCACUCCCUUCUUGCUCUCCUCCUUCAUUCAGACCUCUCACUCCUCUCGGUGCUCGUGGUGAUGGCUGUUAACGGGAGUCCCGUGCCCAGCGCACCUGGUUGGACCUCUGGAGAGGAGCUCGCGGUAGAAUCGUUCUCCGGUGAACCGGGCGCGCCGCCGAUAUGGGAGAACGCGAUCAAGGUGAUCAAGCUGCUCGUUCAGGAAGUGAUCAACUUCCGAGACCAACAGUUUGUGGAGGAGUUUCAGAAGCCCGUGGAAGAGAUGUCAUCGUUCAUACAGUACCAGGUCCCUUCCAUCCCCACACACCUCUCCAAGACCCCCUGCUCCACCUCAAACUACAACAAGGAGGCAUGUCUGCAGAAGAUCAGUCAUGGUCUGCAGGUGUACCAUGUUCUUCUCCAGCACGUUAAGGCUGAAUACCCACAAUCCACCCUGCUCCCCUCUGUCAUGCACCAGACUACUGUCCUGAUAGGCCUGUUCAAAGAGAAGAUGAAGGCUGCUGAGGUAGUAGAGGACCUGUCUGCCAGUGAGAGGGAGCGUGUGCUGGGUGAGGUGUCUACAGGGACAGAGUGGGAGACGAAGACCAGCGUUCACGCCAUCCUUAGGGAACUACGUCACUUCCUGGUCGACACCAAGACAGCCCUCCGCGCAUGGGGAAGAGGGGCGAAGGCUGCCAGUAACCAUGACAUCACUAUGGUGGGCAGAGGUGUGUUAGAUCAGGCUUGGAGUAAAAACCUGCACUGAUGUCUUAUUCUCUGAAUCAGCUGUUUAUUUUUAUUUUUUGAAUGUAAUACUUGACUUCAAAACAAAGUUAUUUAUAUAUUUAUUCAUGUUUUUAUGGUUGAGAUGAAAAAUGUAUUGAAUUUAUUUAAUCUGAUUAAUUUAUUUGAUCUCGAGCAGCUUUGUGCCUCUUGUACCCAACUUUUGAGAAACUUGUUAUAAAAAAACAUAUUUAUAUAUUUUUAUAGCAAAUAGUGUUAUUUAUUUUCACACAAAUGGACUCAAUGUAUUUUUCUAAUGAUGACAUGUUGAUGGAUUUCAAGCACAGACUUAAAUGUAUCUCUAAGUGCCUUUACAGUACAUUAGUGACUACAUUGAUUGUGACUACUACUAGUUUGAUCGUUGUAGCCUUAAAUUGUCCAAUUAACAACCAACCAUAUUAGCAAACUUAUUUAAUUUCAAACUUCACAUUUCUCUAGUAUAGGCUACUUAUCGUAAUGAACGAUAUCAGCAAAAUGCCUGCGAUAAGUGAUCAGUAUGGUCGGUGUCGAUAAUUGUCAGUUCAUCGUCCCAGCUCUAACUGUGACAAAUGUUUUGGAUAUAAAGAGGAAUAAUAAAUGGUAUCUGAGAGAAUAGAGAAAUGUGUUGCUCCUAUGUUGUUCACCAAACAUUGUUUCAACAAGAUGGUUAUUCUCACAUGUGGUCAUCACAACAAAACAUUUCAAUUUCCACUUAUCGGUAGGUGUCAUUUGGUCAGCAAGACGCAUACAUUAAUUCAGACGACAAGAGUGUGUUGACUCAAUGACAAUCGGCAAAUGUCAUUACACUUUUUGGUAUUUUUUAACAGAUGCCUUUUUCCAUUCAUCAAACGGCAUGAGUGCAUGGAAUUAUUUGAGUGGACGAACAUGCGAAGGUAGCCUAUUUUAAGAUAUUUGUUUGACAGUAGCUAGGUUUCCAUCCAACUGGAGAGAUUUCAUUUUCCCACCAGUGGUGUUUUUCACUUAAGU